AUGGCGCCCGCUGCCCCAGUGCCCGGCGCCCCAGUGCCUGCGGCGCCACCCACAGCCGCAGUGUCAUCAGCAGCACUCCAAUCCGUGGAACAGGCCACCCGCACCCUGAUCACCCUGCUCAAGAAGUCCAAGGGCCGCGGCGCAGCAAACACGCUCGACCGCGCCGAGGACGCGCUGGCUGCGCUGGCCGCUGCCUCCACCGCAAACACCAGCACGGCGCUGCCUGGCGCGCUGCUGCAGGACCUGUUAGCGUCAGCGCCCGGCUUCCUGGCCCGGACCGUCGCCUGCCUCUCAAGCGCCAACGACGGCACCGCCACGGCCGCGGCGGACGCGCUGGCGACGCUCUCCGCGUUUCAGCCCGAGGCGUGCGCCCUGAUUCUGCAGCAGGCCGGCGCCGUGCAGGCCCUGCUGACACUUGUGGACGGGCGGCGCUCCGGCGCUAGCCCCGUUGCCAGUGACAACGCCCUCACCUGCCUCGCCCACCUGGGCACCUUUGGCGGCGAGGCGCCCCUCCGCCGGCUGGCGGCCGAGCCGGCGUUUGUGGACGCCGCGUGCGGCUGCAUCGCCGGCGAAGGCGACUACUGUGCCUACGCGGCGGCCCGUGCACUCGACGAGAUGGCGGUCCUGCCUGCAGACCCCGCCGGCGGCCCUUUAUGGCACUCGCUGCUGUCGGCGAGCCUGGCGCCGCGGCACUGGCGCGCGCUCGGGAUGCAACUGUCGGAGCUCCUGCGUGCCGCCGCCGCGCCGCCGCCCGCUGGCGGCGGCCCGAACCCAGAGGUUGUCCGGAUUGCCCUGCGCCUGGCGUGCGAGGGGGUCUACUUUGAGAGCGCAGCGACGCCGCUGCUGGAACCGUGGGCGUUGGCUGUCGAAGACCUGAACGCAGUGGUGGCGGCGGGGGCGGGGCGGCCGCGGGGCGUGCUGAUGGAGGUUCUCAUUGCAGAGCCCGACGCCGUGCUGUGCCUGGCGCGCCUGGCGAGCUCAACAAGCCCCCUGGUCGACCCGGAGGGCGACGUGUUUGAGGCCGCGGGAGAACUCUUGGUCACCGUGCUUGAGGACGCGGCCGACUUGCGAGGCGGCCCUGGCUGGCGCCUGGCGACCAGCGACGACGACGUCCUCCCCCUGCUGCGCGACUGGCCGGAGCGCGCCGCCGCCGCGGCGCCGCUGCGCUUCCUACCGGGCUUGCUGGCAAUUCACGCCUUGGAGAUGUCGCCGGCAGCUAGCCUGCAGCUGCUGGGCGCGAUGGCGCGGGGCCUGGACCUCUGGCGGCGCGGCGCGGGGGUGGAGGCUGUUGCCUGGGUGGAGGCGGCUUGGGCGCUGGACAUCCUCACGUUUGUGAGCGUUGGCACGCUGUCCUCGGGCGCCUGCUGCAACAGCUGGUUCGGCGCCGCGUGCGCGGCCGAGGCGCUCGCGAGCCCGAAGCUGCUGCCAGCCCUCAUUGCGCACGCUGCCGCUCACAGCGCCGAAGCGUCGAGCCCCUCGCCGCUUCGGCCGUGGUGCGAGCUCGCGCACGACGCCCCCGGCAUCCUGCGCCGCUGCAGCGCCGUGCUCGCCGACCACAAACAGUGGCGGCGGCGGCGCUGGAAUCUGCUGGGCGGCGGUGGCGCCGCCGUCGGCGGCGGCGGCGGCGGCGACGUCGUAGGGGGCGAGGGCGACGACGUGGGGGCGGCGUGCCAGCCCCUGAGCAAGGACGAGGCAGUCAGGGACGAGGCGGCGGACGCAGCGCACUCAACAUGCCGCUGCGUGCUCGCCGUGCUUGCCAGGGUCCUGCUCAUGCAGCUGCCGGGCUCGGGGCGCCACGCUGUUUGGCCGCUGGCAAUCGGGAACGGCGGCGAAGGUGAAGAGGACGGCGGCUGUGGCGGCGGCGCGGUUGGGGCCGUCGCGGCGGCGCGCCCGGCUCUGCCCCGGGCCUGGGAUGAGCUGUGGGCGGCGAUUGCUGCGGUGGGCGGCUGCGGUGAGCUGAAAUCUCUUGCGCUGCUGGCGCUCGCGGUGGUUGAGGCGCGGCGCUGUAUCGCCUGCGCCGGCGAGGCGGCCGGCGCAGGCGUGGCACCAAGGGGCGCGGCGGCGCACGCGCGGCUGCUGCUCAACCAGCUGUGGGGGAUCAUGCAGGAGGAGGCUGCUGUAGUGGCAGCUGCGCCAUACCCUGACAUGCGCACGGCAAGUGAAAAAGCCGCAGAGCGUGGGGCGCGGCUGGUGGCGGCGCGCGACAAGGUCCGCAGCGUCGUCAAGGCGCGCAAGGCUGCGGUGCGGCGGGAGAUAGCGGAGAUGUCCCGCGCACUGCAGUCGCCGUCCCAUCACACGCAGCAGCGGCGGCGGCAGCAGCAGCAGCAGCAGCAGCAGCAGCAGCAGCAGCAGCAGGUUGGAGAGAACGGCUUGAUCAAAGAACUGGAAUAUGCUGAUCAGGAGGCAGAGGAGGAGGAGAGGGAGGGGGAAGAGCAGGCGGGUUGCGGUUGCAGCGACCAGGAUGACAAGCGCGAGCGAUGGGCGCUGCUGUUUGGCACCAGCCCCGCACUAAUCGGCGCGCUACGCACUAGGAGCGACUUUAAUUGCGCCUGCCUCGGCCAAGGCCCGCCGCCGGGGCCCCCUGGCGCCUGGGUGGACCCAUUGAUGGACGGCUCCCUGGCCGCGAUGGUGUGCACCCCUGGGGCGGCAUCGCCAGGCGGCGGGCUUGCCUGCUGGCUCGCGGCGGCGGCGGACGCGAUUGAGGUGGCGCACGCGGACCACGAGGCGCUGGGCAACGGCAGGCGUCAUGUGCAUCACGAGCCGGUGGUGCCCUCAGGGUGGCUGCCAGCCGCUGCUGUCGCGGGGAAGCGGCGUGGCCAGGGGGAGGGCGCUGACGCCGAGGUCGGUGCGCCCGCGGCCCGGCAGCGGCGGCGCUGCGCGUUCUGCGGCGCGACGGCGGCAGACGGCGCGCAGCUGCGGCGCUGCGCGGGUGCGGCCCCGUGA